AUGCAUUCCCGAAGACGAAGUCCAUGCCCGAUCUCCUUUUUAUUGUGCUUCCACCUUCAAAGUACUACUUUAUUUUUGGUUGGUUUGUUAUGUGUUUCGUAUGGAAGCGAGAACGAAACUGAUGUUACGGUAGACCUUGUGGUAUCUUCAACACACGGAUUGGAAACUUUGCAAGGAAGAUUUGACGAUCAUUUUAACAUUGAUGAAGCCAAUGGUAACAACUUUUUUCAAAAGAAUGUAUCUGUCAUGACUUAUGCAACUUUGUAAUUUGUAGAUCAUGAUUUGGCUGCGUACAAAGAUUACUUAGAAUCCAGGCUUAUCUUGGUCAGUCGGGCUCAGAAUCGGUCUUCGGAUGCAGAAAGUCCCAAGUCAAAACGUUUCAUCCCCAUCCCGAUCUCGGCGUCUCUCCCCGACCACGGAUCCGAUUAUGUGCGCUCUCGAGUUGCUGUUGUCGCCAAACAAAACGAUGAAAGUGAAAACGAGCUGCCUGAGCAAAAGACUAAUGAUGAAUUCAUCAGUGAAUCCAAGAUCCUUAAAGAUUCCACUUCAAUGCCUCAGGCAGUAGAUGAUGAGAAUUGGACUUACGCAAAUAACUCAACAGAAAUCGAAGCAAGUACUCCAACUCAGGAUCAAAGAAGCUCUGUCAAAGGAAACGACGAGAAACAAGCCAAGAACGCCACGGAGAUAUUGAAGCAAUCAGAGUCACAGAGAGCUCAUAUUCAUCAUCCGAAGGCCUUCUCUUCGGCUACUGUACAUUUCUCUCAUUCGGAUGGACCUUCGUUCAACCCAACUGUAAGAGAGUUUGACAUUCAGUUAACUAUCCGUUUAGCAAAACCAUACAGCUGAAGAGUGUAAAAGAUUGUCGCAGCAAGAGUUGGUUAAAGAAUUGAAACAAAAAGGAACUUAUAAUCCGGAUCUGAUGGCCUGGGAUGCGACAGGAGUAUUCAGAUUUCUAGAUCGGUCUAUCCUUGACCAAUAUGAGGUAAGACAGAGUGAGAACUUAUAUAUAUAUACAACUCCCGAACUUGAUUCACAUUUUUGAAUUUAGCGGCAGGUAAGAGCGCAAACCUCAAAUCAACAGGCAGUGGAAAGAAAUGUCUUGGCUUUGGAGAGAAUCCUCUCCGAACUCAACUUGAAAUGUCAAGUUAGGUCUCCCGAGGUCCUUUCAAAGAUCAGCAAUUUGACAAUGUAAGUUGUCUAUAUGUAACAUUACUUUAGCCAUUCAGAUUUGAACCAAGGAGAACUGUAAUGUCUCCUUCUUUACGUAUGAAUAACGAAGAGAUCACUCGGUUCAAACGCAGUUCAGUUGCUGAUGAUCUUCUGAAGACUUUCAAUAAAUCUAGAAGUCAAGACACCAUCAGCGAUAGUCAUCAAAAGUUGGUUGGCGAAGUCCAUGUGGUCCCAUUUGGGUGUGACAAACGUGGGGAGAGAGAAGAUGGAUAUCUGAGAUUGUGUGGUGCCUGUCAGGCCAUUAGAAAAUUGCCAGACUCCUUCUUCCCUCCCUUUAUCAACGAAGUGAUGUGUGACGAAGACAAAGCGUGUCUCUACUUUUAUGAUUACCGUAAGGAAUUUUAACACCUACCCAAUUCGAUUAUAGCUCAUGGGAAAUGCAAACAAAAGCACAUGAACUUUGUUGUUCUGAGGAAUAUUGGGACUCCUCAUUGCCAAAUUUGGCAAAAAUUUAAUUUGAAUGUGAGAGUGUCCUGCGAAUGUUUUGUUGGUAAGCUGCAUUAUACUUCACUUCCAUAAUUUUAACCUUACAUCUAAUUUCAGACGAAAUGUCAUUCUUUUCCAAAUACGUGUAA